AUGUCUAAAUUAAACGAUUUCGAAACUGAAAUUAUAAAAUUGACUUUGUCAUUAUACGGCAAUUUUGCAAUUCCACGUAGUGGAGUCCAAACAAUUAUUCACAAUAUAGAUGAAUUAAUUGCUAAUACUUACGUUCCGAGAUUAGAGAGAGAAAUUUUAUCUAUAAUACAAAAUAAGUGUAACAAAGAGGUUAUUGAUGAUGUUGAAUCUAUUUUAAGAUUUUAUAAGCAUCCGUUCGAGUUUGUCAACAGUGAGCACCAAAGAUUUGCAUUAUAUGAAAAACAGUUCGGUUUUUUGUUGCCUCAAGAAUAUAUUGUUGGAUAUACACGGGUAUCAGAAAUUCAAGAAAAUGCUUUGGUUGAAAAAACUGAACCGGUGUAUGCUGUUCACAUUCCAUUACGGCAUACUCUUGCAACUUUUUUACGAUUACCUCUGGGUAACUCAUGGCGUGAAAGAUCACGUCAUCAUGAAAAUGAAAUUGUUGUGCCAAUUCAUAUGUAUGAAGAUGACGUUAAAACUGGAAAUGCAUUAGGCAGUCACGCAGGAAGAAAUAAACUCGGUGCUGUCUAUGCACUUUUACCCUGCCUACCACCACAUUUGUUAUCACGAUUAAAUAAUAUAUUUUUAGUGUCUGUGUUUUAUAGUGAUGAUAGGAAAAUUUAUGGCAAUAAAUCUAUUUUCAAUAAAGUAUCUGAUGAUCUGAAUGAUUUGAUUAAAAAACGAAUAGAAAUAACGAUUGGUUACCCUUGCAGGAUAUGUUCAAUGCCGAUUGAAACAUUGAGAAACUCAACAUCUGAAGAUCCAAGUUUGUUACCUAAUCCACAAAAUUAUGAGGUAGACGUUAAGAAAAAUAACUAUUCUGUGACUGGGAUUAAAGAAGAAUGUGUUUUUCAUCGAAUCAAAAAUUAUCAUAUUACAGAAAAUCCAGCUGUGGACAUUAUGCAUGACGUACAUGAAGACUCGGGUAGUUAUGCGAUGAGAAAAAUCUUUUAUCAACUAGUUGUUGAGGAUCAAGUCAUUCUAUAUGAAACACUUGUUGACCGAAUGGAAACUUUUCCAUACGGACCUACUGAGAGUGGAAAAAAACCUCCGAUGAUUAAGCUGAAGCACUUGAAAGAAAAUAAAAUGUUAAAAAUGUCAGCGUCAGAAAUGGGGUGUUUUAUUCGAUAUUUCGGCUUGAUGUUUGGUCACCUUGUUCCGCGAGAUAAUACAAUAUGGCCUUCUUAUUUAGUACUACGCCGAAUUUUCGACAUAAUAACUGCUCUGAGUCUUCUUCGUAACGAUGCAGUGACGUUAAAAGAUCUUGAUACUCAGUAUAAAACGUUAUAUUUAAAGUUUGUUGGUUAUAUGACGUUUAAAUCACAUAUGAUGAGUUAUUACAGUCAACUUUCGCUUCGUAAUGAACCCUUGGUUCACCAUUGGAGUAUGCGAUGUGAAUCAAAACAUAGAGACUUGACAAUACCAGCAGUUACAACAUCUAGUUUAAAAAACUUAUUAGUUACUGUAGCAACUAGGGAUCAAUUAAAAGCUACUUAUUUAUCAAUUUUUGGUGAUUUCAAUAGUAAUAUAUUGAAGGUGAAAUCUAAAAAUAAUGACGAAGAUAAUGACAAAGCCAAGAGAAAGUUUUUUCCUCUUAUUUCACCAUCUGAUAUUCAACUUUUAGAUCACGUCGUGUAUAAUGGACAUACGUAUCAAUCAAACACAGUGGUGUUGGUACAAAUCGACGAAAGUGAGGACCGCAGUUUGGAAAAAUUUAUAAAAUUUAUGCAAUAG